CAAAGCAAAAUACUAUCACGGUAGAAAGUCUGUCAAUGAUACACCUGGUAGUUCAGGUGAAAAUAACACAGGUAAUACAUAUCUACCAGGCGUAAUUAAGAGACGUACGUAUCACAUAUAUACCUGUGUAGCCUGUAAAUAGAUUAGUUAGGUACAUGUAGGUAAAUACAGGUAUAUAUGUGUGUCAGGUAUACGGCCAGCAUUAACGCCGAGAACACCGACGCUGAAGGAGGAACUUUUACAUUGAUUACAACUGAAGAAUGGAGCUUAUAUAAUAUUUAUAUUCUACCAUUGCAUGAUUCGAACGUGUUGGAAUAUUGAUGCACAAAAUUUAUGGAUUAAAUGCAUUUUUUCUGAAUGAAUGGAUUUUUGGUUAAUCUUGCACGUGUAGUUUGAAAAUCAAACGACUGCAGAAGAUUAACAAACGUUUUGCACGUAACGUUGGUAGUCAGCGGAAAAAAUUGACUCCAUAUAUUGAAAAUAGGACGACCUGCACCUGAUAAACAGAAACUAUCGUCCAAAGUAACUGUCUGUGAAAAUCGUCAUAAAUCUGGAUGGGGAUGAUGACGUCGUCAUGGAGUGCGUGUUACGUCACGCGAGGGAUACAUGAUGACGUUAUAACGUGAUCACCACUGUUGCAAGAACUGAGGUAUCGACUAGGACUGUGUUGUUUUUAUUUUAUUUCAUAAGCUAAAAUAAGACGGAGGAAUUAUCGUAAAGAUAACACUAUACUCCUAAUCACAUUAAUCCGAAGGUCAAAUGCCGUCGCUCUAUGUAAUAUCAAAAGGAGAUAUAUUCAUAGAUUAGUGUUGGGAACUCUUCGAAAAUUAUCAAAUCAAUUAGCAGGACAUUGCUUUUGGAAGUACGUUCGAUAUUUGAGGUUUGACAGAUUCGGUGAACAUUUCGACGGAUCAUGAUUCCAUAACAACUAGUUAUACUGGUACUCCAAGUCGGCUACAGUUGACUUAUUUAAACGUAUAGUGUGUGACGACAGGACAUUUUAACGUAAUUGACGUCAUCGCUAGUCACGUGACAGAGUGACAAGAUGUCGGGCAAAACAUCCCCGUCUAAUCGUGUGUCCGACAUCCACCUGGCGGAGACUGCCAGCAUGUCACGGCAAAGUUCCACCGCCGACGAGUUUGAUUCCGAACCUAGUAAGACAGGUUUCGGGGAUGACAAGGAGAAAAGCACGAGUGUCGGACUAGUGGUCGUCAAACUUCUGGUGGCGUCCGUGUGUGGUUUUAUAUUCGGCAUUGUAGCAGAAAAGGCGCGAGUAUUUGAGCCCAUGGCGAUACGACAACAGAUGGUAUUUGAAAAUUUCAUUAUGUUGAAGGUGUUUCUGGCAGCAACAGCAAUGGGUCAGAUCUGCUUUCUCGUGAUGUCGGCUAUCCCGAAAGCUAGAUCGUAUUUGGACGACGCCAUACAUGAUUUCGUUUGUUGUUUCCAAAACAAAGGAAUCCUCACCAGCAUCCUCGGCCCUGUAAUUCUGGGAAUAGGGAUGACGAUGGCAGGAUCUUGUCCCGGUAUGGUUCUAGCACAGAUAGGUGCCUGGGUCCCUAAUGCAAUUUUCAGCCUAAUCGGGGUAUUUCUAGGCGCAUUAACCUAUGGCCUACUUGACCCCUUCAUCUCCAGACUGACCAAGCCCAAGGAACCGUACACGUGGUCACAUGUCCAUACGUCCGUUGACAAACCAUUCGUGCUGAUUGCUCUACCUAUGGCGUUACUCAUGGUGGUGGUCAUCGCCCUCAUCGAGUAUUUCUGGUCAUGGAAGAAGGACCUCGUUUCUAUGGGGAGAGAAAAUCCAGCUGGGGUAAAUAUUGCCACAGCAGUGGCAUGGCCGCCCUAUGCAUCAGGCGCCAUCAUCGGCCUACUACAGAUUCCCCUGGUGAUGUUUAUCAAGGACACGGUAGGUGGCAGCAGCAGUUACGUCACCAUAGUAUCACAGUGGGUCAUCACGGACAAGCUAGCUAAGACAUUUCCUUAUUUGGCGAAGAGAAGGUCAGGUGUUGGAAACUGGUGGCAGGUUUUCUUCGUGUCGUUUGUGGUGGUAGGUGCCUGUCUAUCCGGCGUCGCCUCUGAUACCCUGACGACUAGUAAAGGACCGCAACUUCCGGUGGCGUUCUUUGGGGGCUUCUUACUCCUGUUUGGGGCUCGUUUAGGAGCAGGGUGUACGAGUGGUCAUGGUUUAUCUGGUAUGGCACUACUGACCUGGCUCUCCUUCAUCGCUGUUCCCGCCAUGUUUGCCGGAGGAAUCGCGACAGCAUUCGCCAUGCAGGCUACGGGGGCCCUCGACAACUAUGUUGACUACACGGGGGCCGUGUAAGAUUCGUACAUCCGGGGAUCUGGACGUGCAGCUGUGUAGUGUAACCUCCGGACAUAGUGUGUUUCUACAUCCGGAAACCUUAAUCAAUAUGUCCCGGACUACAUGAAAUUCAUGUCACUUCCCGUAUUAUAUAUGUAUCCGGGAUACCUAUAAUUACCCGUGUCUUACAUCCGGGAACAAUAAGCAAUAAUUGACAUGCCAAUCAAUGUGUGACAGCCAAUCAAGACUGUUGAUGUAUAUCUUAUUUUUCUUGUUUAUUGAAAUUAGAGAUCAUGAUUCAUUUGUGUCAGUGUUACCAUAGAUACCGAUAUGUUUAUCACGAGAUAGUGUGCCACUUUUAUACAUAUUUAUAUUACAUUGUUAUAUAUCAUUAUAUAUUUUCCUUAAGGUUGUACAUCAAUAAUUACUGCCAAUCAUCUUUAAUAAUUGUCAGUGGGUUCAGUUUUAAAUAUUUUCGAGGAUUUAGUCAAAUUGCGAAAAAUUGAUAUAUUGAAAAUAAAAAUAGCAGGGGAGAUGUAAUUUUAUCAUUAUCAUCUAACAAGAAAAAUAUAAAUUCAAAUUUACGGAAACCAACUCAAGGUCUAAUGAAUGUUUAAGAUCGGUAACGACAUCUGACAAUGACCUUCGUUGGCAAUAGCAACAGGAUCACCGUAUCAGUAUGAUGAUUCAACGACCAAUUAAUGUUAUACAAAAUAUAUAUCAAAAUAUUGAGUGAUGAAUUGGACCAUAUAAUCAACAUUUUGAUUUUAAUAGUGAUGAUCAUACCAGGCAUUUUUUUUUUUGACGUAAUCAACUAUGAACCUGAUUUGGAUUUUAGUUUGUUCAGUUUCUGUUACAAUGUUCAGUAGUUGAUUAAUUGAUUGAUAAAAUGAUAUUACGUAAGUUUAGAAACUGUAAUAUUUUGCAGGUUUGAUUUCAUUUUUCUAGCAUUGUAAUAUAAAAUGAAACAAAUGACAAAAAUAUUACAGCGUCAACAAUCAAAGAAAACUAUAUACCUCAGUUUAAACAAAAAUAAAGGGUAAAAUACACUACAGUACACAAUACGUAGGAACUGGUAUACUAUCAACACACAAUAAUAUAUUUCUACACGAGACAAGAACAUUCCAUGAUAUCCAAGUGCUAUAUUGUUUUUGUCAAGUACAAAUGUAUCAUUACGCGAUAUUUGGCGCAACAUCAUGUCAUAAUUAAUAUGACGUCAUAUCUAAUUAUAACUGAUGCAUAGCCCACAAGGGAGAUCGUUUAUUUGAGAACUUGUAAAUAAUAUUCUUAAACAACUAUACAAGAAAAGAGAUAUAUGCUUUUAUUAUAUAUGAUGUCUUUUAAGUCUCGUGCUGAUAUUCUAUAAAAUACGUCAAAACAGAUAGUGCGGCAUUUGGUGCCCGCGAAAAACACAGAGGUCUGACAGGUACAACCGCGAAUAUGUUAGCCCCGAGAAAAAACACCUAUACAGUAUCAUAUAAAACAACGAAUGCAAUAAAGCGUGUUCCGGAGAGAAACGCGUUUCUUUUAUGUUAUAUUUCUUGUUUCCGUUUUUGUUAUUAUAAUACAUAUUCUAUUUCCUGUUUUUCGUAAUUGUUAGAGUAUUUCAGCGUAGAUUAGAGUGACUCCGGUAGUGUACCCAUGAUGUAUAGUGUUAUGGUGAUGAUGGAUUUGUGGAUGUAAACUGAAUCUGUGCCAAUCUUAUUGUAUGCCAAAUCUUGUCUAUGUUGUAUAUAUGAUAAGUUGAGUCGUCGGGACUCCUUAGUUUGUGUUUACACCAGUGUGAACACAGGGCCUUGUCACUAUCGUAUCGUUUGGUAAACACUUGAUAUGGCUGUGACACAGGUGAUCAGACGUAGGAUAAACGGACACAUCAAGUGUUUACAAAACGAUAUGAUAGUGACGAGGCCCUGUGGUGUGAAGGAUGUUAAUGUGAUAGAAAUCCAUCUAUAUGAUUUUACAAAUUUAUUCCAAGAGACAAAAUUCUGUGUUCUCCAAGGGUCAUAGAAGUUUCAUUUCUCAUUAAAGGGACCCAAUGGCUGGUUCUCAGGGGUUGACUUACUAUUACAUGUUCUUAGAGUUUUUGUUACGUACUGAUUAUUGAUGAUAAAUUUAGUUAUAGUUUUUAUUUUUUUAAAUGACAUUGAUAAAACUAACACAAUGGUGAUUCAUAUUAUUUUAUAAUAUGACAAAAAUAAGAUUUUAAUGAUUAUGUUUAUCUAUGACGAAAAUUAUGGUACAUUUGUGUAUUCCAUCGUGAUUCAGCUUUAUUUCUAUAAUCAAAUAUUCAUUAUGCAAAUGAUUCAUUCUUAAAUGUCGUGUGCAGUGUCAUAUGCAAUGUGUAUUGUUUAUGAGUUGUUAUCUGUUUACUUUUAUAAUGUGUACGUUAAAUUAUAAUAUUUAUUUCGACCACCAUUCCCGCCCACCCCACUACCUACUGCCCAACCCUUUACCUGCCCUCUUUGUUGUAGUUCUAAUUUACUUUUACAAUAUCUAUCGAAACUGCAAAUGUAUCAAAUCUCAUGUUCUUUUCAAUUUCCACAAAAUUGUUGGUUAUUUUUGUCCCUGAGCCCCAGUUCGCCAGUACUCUCAGCUGAUUUGAAAACUGAUGAGAUAUUUAAUGUGUCGGCUGAUGACGUCACGAAGAAUGAUUUGUUGAGUUCUUUAUAUCGUCCUUAUGAGUGCUGACAUUUGACCCCUCACUAUGACCUUGUGCCAUAUUUCCUAUGUCGAUAGAUCACUAUGGCAACCAUACGUAACAUUUAUUCAAGUAGCAAUGUCGGUGCUGUAUUUCAUCAAAUCUUACAACUUAUCAAAACAAAAGUUUCUUAAUUUUAAAUUGCAAAGCAAGUAAUAUAUCGACAUGAAAAUGUCUUGUUGACCGCGUGAAGGGUCUUGGUGUGGAAGGAAAGCGGAGUUUAUGAAAACCCCAGGUAAUCGGACAGAUGACUCCAUACCUUUUCACGUCCGAUUGGGGAAUCGAACCCCGGUCGAUUAGCUAGGUGAAAAGCUAACGUGUUACCACUGUGUUACCCGACAACAUACCUUACAUCGUAUAUGUAAUAUCAUCAAAAUAUAUAUGAGAUUUGUUUAUCCUUUUAUAAAGUGCAUGAUAUAUCUGAUAUAAAUUGUUUAUUACUGAUUUUAUAUUAUAUGAAAUAUAUUGUGAUUCCGUGAAAGAUAUUCCAUCAAAUGUACAAGAUAUCUUAUUGAAAUUGUUGAAGUUGGAGAUCGACAUUGCUAUCUGUUUUAAUGUUAACGUGGGUGGCCAUACAUCACUGUUCUUUGUUUUUGAUUGUUAUGAUUCGUUAUUUAUUAAACAUGAUCAAUAAAAAAUGGAAUCAAUA